CGGACGCUUUGUAAAGCGGCGAUGAAAAGGCGAUGUGUUUAUGACGCCCCCUGUAAGGCGGGGCCUGCAAGGCGGAGCGUCUAUUCAGUUACGGCGUCACUUUUCCUCAGCAUGGAACCGAGUGUAGAUGUUUGUCGAGUUGAUGACGAGCGAUUGUCACCAAAUAUGUUCGCUGUGCCGAAUUCUGGCCAGGAUCACGUAAAGAGACCUAUGAAUGCUUUUAUGGUCUGGUCUAGAGGACAACGGCGUAAAAUGGCGCAAGAAAAUCCAAAAAUGCACAAUUCGGAAAUUUCAAAGCGUUUGGGUGCGGAAUGGAAACUUUUGACAGAGGAGCAAAAAAGGCCAUUUAUUGACGAAGCAAAACGUUUACGGGCUCUGCAUAUGAAAGAGCAUCCAGAUUAUAAAUACAGGCCAAGAAGAAAGACAAAAUCUCUUUUGAAAACUGCCAAGUAUCCUUUCCCAUUGCCAAUGUUGGCUGGACAUCCAGGAUUGGGACCUUUACCACCGGCGCCUCCUCCUUUCCUUCUCGGCUCUUCCCCCGCUGCUGAUACACUCAGAGCAAUCUCAGCAUCUUCGGAUCGUUCACUGAUGCCGCCUUUGCCUUUUCUGGAUCCAAAGUUCCUAGAACGUUCCCACGACUUUCUACCUCCUCCGCCAUCGUUACUCAAUUCGUAUCCUCAUUUUAGCUCUCUUCCACCUUUCUCCGCCGCAGCAGUUGCCGCUCUACAUCAACAAUACGGUAAUCUUCAUCACUAUUCCCCCCCGAAGAGUCCAGCUGUGAAGGAAGGUAGCCCUCCGCCGCCCAUUACAAGACCUCACCCUGGUUACAUACCACCACCAGGUUUGCCUAACGAAGAAUUAAAAACUCCUUCCACCUAACUGUUGAUGCAUAAAAAGUAAUUAAGAUCUAAUUAAUCGCCGCUAAUCUCCUUCAUUUAGCUGUCGUAUCAGUAUUGUAUCCGAAAUAGAAAAUUUUUUUCGGUUUUACCGUCGUUCUCCGACAAAAACACGUUUUCAAUCAACAGAAAAGUAGUAAUUGCGCGAGUAAGAAGAUAAUCAAAGAAUUCUUAGCUGACCUCUAGUACGGCAGCGAUUGACCGUCUAAAGCGUCUAUAGACGUCUCUUCCACAAGCAAAUAGCGUCG